GAAAAACUCCGACGCAACAACAUGAUGGAGAAAGAUAGAGCGCGCAGUAGAUAGCACUAACUACGGCUAACCGGACCGAGCAUUGCUCGCGGUGAAUUGCAGAGAAAGGGUUGCGGUGAAUGGGGGGGAGACGGGGAGGCUCUCGUCUCCUCAGCCACAUCGCCAGAGGAUCCAAAUCUCACCUCCCCAGAACUGACUUCCCAUUCAAACCUCUCCACCUCGUACCCCCUUCAAGCCCCAUAAGGCAAUUCUUCAGAUUCAGCUCUUUUUCUGCGAUCCCAGCGCCCACAUCUGUUUAUGGCGAUGAAUUUGUUUUUGGGUCACACGAUUCUGCUCACAAGUACGCAUUCGAAGCCGAAGAAGAUGAGGAAUUUGGAAAAAUUCCCGUCAAGGCCUACUUUUUGUGCACCAGUAUCAAUUUGAGGAGCAUGCAAGCUGAGAAUUCAAUGAACGUCAUUCCUCCUACCUCCCGUUCAUCAAAUUAUAUCACCCUUCAGUUUUGUGAUUUUCCUCCAGAAAUUGCUGGAGCAGAAGUUGAAGAAAAGGUGAGCUCCUGCCGUCACAUGGUUGUAUUUCAAUAUGGGUCUGCUGUCCUGUUUAACAUUGAGGAUAAAGAAGUGGACUCUUACCUGGAAAUUGCCAGAAGACAUGCUUCUGGGUUGGUUCCAGAGAUGAGGAAAGAUGAAUUUGCUGUGAAAGAGAAGCCACUGCUGGAUCGGGAUAUGCAUGGAGGUCCAGAUCACAUUGUUGUUAAAAAUCUUGACGCUGAUAGUAUCCGCAUUAUUGGAAGCGUUCUCGGGCAAAGUAUUGCUCUGGAUUAUUUUGUUUCUCAGGUUGAUGGUAUGGUUGAAGAAUUCACAGAUAUAAACCGUGGAAUGGAAAAGAGUGGAACUUUCACAAUGGAUAGGAAGAAGCUCUUUCAACUUGUUGGGAAGGCAAAUUCAAACAUGGCAGAUGUAAUUUUAAAAGUUGGUCUUUUUGAUAGAUCAGAAAUUGCUUGGAGAGAAGCAAAAUAUUCUCAAAUAUUUGACUACCUUCGAGAGGAGUAUGAGGUCACACAGCGUUUUGGGAAUCUGGAUUUCAAAUUGAAAUUUGUUGAGCAUAACGUUCAUUUUCUUCAAGAAGUCCUCCAAAAUAGGCGGUCAGAUCUUUCAGAGUGGUGCAUCAUUUGCUUGCUGACUAUUGAUAAUGUUCUAUCCAUUUAUGAGAUCAUUCGUGAAUCAACCAGUGUUUCUCUUUGAUCUGUCAAACAGAUGGUGACGACUUCAACAGCCAAAUAAAGUUUACAGCAUAACCACUUAAUGGGUAGGGCAAAUGAUUCUGCAAUUUUCUGCUGCUUGUUGAGUAUUUGAUAAUGUUACAUCAAUUUAUAAAAUUGUUGUGUGAAUCAAUUCCAGUUUAUGUUUUUUGAUUUGGCAAGCAGAUGGGAUUUUUGAUAGCCAAAACAUACAGCAGUAAAACAAAUCAUAUUGCCAGGGUGAAUGAAUCUGCAAUUCUGUAUCCAGUAUCAAGUUAAUAGCAGUCCGAGUAGCGAUGGGAAAAUAGUUAGAAUCAAUUGAUCUAAGUCAUGCUUGAUCCGCCUAAUUUGAAUUACAUCUGGUUUGCACAAAUUAUUGGAUUUAGAUAUGCAUUGGAAUAUUUAUAUUUGCAUUGUAAAUGGAUUGGGAUGGUUAAACAAAUGGGUAUCUGUUGAUUUGUUUAUCAAUGAAUACAACAAAAGAGAAAUAUGGGAAGUUAUUUGCAGUAUGUGCAUAUAAUACAAAUUGUUUUCUUAUCCAAAA